CUUACCAUAUAUUUUUAUUAUGAAGCUAAUUUUUAGAUGAACAAGCAAAAUUAGACUUAUAUAGUUAACGAUUAUUCCAGAUCAAUCCUCCAUGGAUAUCACAUAGAUGAAAAUAGAGAGAAAAAGGGAGGUAUAUCUUAAAGCUCAGAGUUGGGUGGAGGUAUAUUCAAUAGUGUAGAAGUAACUAUUAAGAAUUAAAAUAUAGGUUGAAUAGAGGAAACCAAAAUAAGUUCUGUAAAAAGAAUAUGAUUCAAGGAGUAUAAGAUAUGCAAAUGAAGAUUACUCAUAUUUGGCAAAUUUGUUGUUAAGCAGAUUUUCACAAUUAGACACAGCAGCCUCUAUAGCUACUCAAUACCCAUUAUUUAAAAUGUUAAGAGGUGUUACCAAAAAAUUUAUGUUUAAUGAGUUAGAAAUCAUAUUUUUUUUGCACACAAUUGAAGAAUAGAAAUGGAGAUAUGAUGAUUAAUUGAUAUCAGAGUUUUAACCAUAUUUUAAAUAAGAUUUUCUGAGCAACUAAGAAGUAAAUUAAUUAUAAAAAUAAUUUAAAUUAGAAUUAGAAUGUAGAAGGAUUCAAAAAAUUAUUAUUAUUUCUAAUUUGCUGUGGAUAUACAAUUAAGUGUUUUUUCAAUGAUUCUAAUGAUUAAGAAAUAAUUUUAAUAACUGAUCAUAUCUAAUAAUAUUGUUAAAAAGAGUAAUAUAUAAAUUAAAUAAUAGUUUUAAAAAAUCAUUAUUAGAAUUAUGGAGAUAGAAAUACAUGAAUUGUUCAUUAAAGAUUGUACCAAGAGUUUUGAAUAAAUUAUACAAUAAAUUGAUAAGAAUACCAAAAGAUGGAAAAUAAGAAUUUCAAUAAGAUUAUAAUGCAUUAGUAGAUCAAAUAAUUUAGAUCUCUCCUGCUUACAAUAGUUAAGAAGGAAAAUUUAUAAAAUAAGAAGUUAAACCUAUUUAACAAUAAUAAUAAUAAUAAUAAUAAUAAUAAUAAUAAUAAUAAUAAUAUUAAUAACCACAACCAACUAUUAACUUUAGUCAAUAGACUUAGUAAUCCUAUUAACAACAGGUUUAAAUGAACACUUCUGGUAUAUUUAUGUAAUAUUCAUCACAAUAAAUGGCUCCAUAAUAGACUUAAUAACCUUUUAUUUAAACUUACGCUACCUUUAGUAAUUCAGAGUUCUUAGAUUCAAAUAUUAAUGAAAAUUUAUUUCUAAAUUCAACUAAGAUCAAAGAGGAACAGUUGCUACCUCCACCACCACCAUUAUUGACCUAAUCUUCUAAUUAUAAAAUACAAUGA